CACAUAGCAGUAGCCUAUUCGUCGUCCACAGCAUGUAUAGCCUACUCCGUCUCUGUAUUUCAAAACGUGUGUCAUUCGUCAAAAACGAAGGUAAAAUGGAAAUACAACUGCUUCUGUAGCGUAUGCGCAUUGAAGACAGAUUUGCGUAAUGAAGUGAGUUUAAUUUGUUUGUUUAUUGGUGAUAUAUUCGCGGACGUUUAUUGAAAUCUUUAACUGGGGGUACAGCAAAAUGGACUCUUGGGACUUUGGUGUAACUCUAUAAAAGAAUCUGCACGGUCCUGAAUGUAAACUGGAUAACCCAAGAAAAAAAUUCUGCGGUGUUAAUUGGCAGAGGUGCUACUUACCGUACCGCGGAGGGUUAGCUGAUGUUUGGCACAGGGAAAACUCAAAUCAGAAAGCUCUUUCACCUUGAAAGAAAAGCACCCCAGUCUGCCCAUGCUGUCCCAAAGACCCCUAUGAGGAGGACCCCCUCUAAGAGAGGGAUCGACUGAAACACCCCCCCCCCCCAGCUCCCCUCCGACACCCGAGAGCCGAGAUGGAGGGAUCGACGGAGGAGAAGGAGAAGGAGAAGGAGCUCCCCACACCAAAGAACGGGGGGGGAGGAGGCGGUGAGGCGGUGCCAACACCGACGCCAACGCCGGCAUGCGAGCGCAACGGGCUAAUAAACACCCGGAACCUGAUGGUGGAGACCAAGGAGGGCCUGGUGUCGGUGUACUCGGCACCCCAGUACCAGGGCCACGUGGUGGUCAACCUCUCGCCCCAGCAGGAGCGCAACGGGAAGGGCGGCGGGCCCCCCCAGCUGCUCAACCCCAACACCCUGCCCCAGGCUGUGGACCCCCGCUUCCGGCCCAAUCUCAUCCUGUGCCCGGAGAGCGUCUUCAAGGCCUGGGGGGACGGGGACUGCUGCGAGACCACCUUCAUUGAGGACCUCUCACCUGCCGCCAAGGAGGGCCUGGUGUUCGCCGAUGGCAAGUUCCUGGACCUGUCGGCUGAGGACGCCAAGAUCCAGACCCUCUCGUAUGACGUGGACGACGAAGACGAGUUCCAGGAGCUGGAGAGCGAGUACUCGAGCGACACAGAGAGUGAGGACAAUUUCCUGAUGAUGCCCCCCAGGGACCACCUGGGCCUCAGCGUCUUCUCCAUGCUCUGCUGUUUCUGGCCCCUGGGGAUCGCUGCCUUUUACCUGUCCCAUGAGACAAACAAAGCGGUGGCCAAAGGGGACUUCCACCUGGCCAGCUCCAGCUCGCGCCGCGCCCUCUUCCUGGCUGUGCUGUCCAUCACCAUCGGGACGGGCAUCUACGUUGGCGUGGCUGUGGCCCUCAUCGCGUAUCUCUCCAAGAACAACCACUUGUAGUCCACCACCCCC